GUGGGGACUGAGAGGAGGCUGAAAGCGGGCGGGUGGCCUGUCCUUUGUCCCGUCUCCUCCUCCGCGGCAGCAGAGAAGCCAUUUCCGCCCUCGGGGCUUAGCCGGCCAGCGGCCCUUCCGUGGGAGUGGGCGGGGCGCACUUUUGGUUCUCGGGCGGGCGGCUCUUCGGGCGCUCGCUCCCCUCCACGCGGAGGAGGCUGCCUCUUUCUUGUGACGCUUUUCGGCGCUUGGGCCAGUCCGUUUCUUUUGCAUGGAGGCUCAGCCGCUGACGGCGGUAGCGUCUUUCAGGCCGAAGGAGCCCCGCGACACUGGACUCAUAAGCGCGCGCUUGACUGGCGAAUUGAAGGCAGAACCCGAAACAGCCAGCCCCAAUUUUGUCCCUGGGCAACCGCCACCUUGACUUUCUUGUGAUGGCUGCUGCUGCCCCGGUAUUUUGCAAUGCCUGCUUCCAGAAGCCUCAAAGAGCCGCCCCCAAGUUCAGCCUGACCAGUUGUGGCCAUGUUUUCUGUGAGCAAUGUCUCCAGAAAGGUAAAAAAGAUGAGUGUGUGAUUUGUAGAGCUCCUUGUCGUACAAUAGGACUUUCCAAAAAGAUGAAUUCAGAUAUCCAAUCAUUGUUUAUUGGAAUAGAUGGGUUAUGCAGAAAAUAUUCCAAAGAAGUCACACGAAUUGCACAAUUCCAGGAAAUACACAGAAGGCGCCUAUUAUCAUACUAUAGAGGAAAGAUUACAAAAUUGGAAGGAUAUCUUAAGAAAGCAACACAACAAAUGCAGCAUAUACAAUGGCAACAUUUGAGGUCUCUUCAGGAAACAACUCGACUUCCAGAUUCUAUUUCAGAAAAAACAUCAAUUUCUAUUCCUUCAGAAAAACAGAAUGGAUAUUCUUUUUAUUCACUUCAUUCCACACGUCCGUCAACAUCUGAAACAGUUCUAUCAAUGGAGGUAGAUCAUGUGCCACCGUCAGUGAGGAAAAGCGAAACCAUGGCUGGACCAACACGAUUAUCGUUGAUAAGUCCACCUCAGAAUGGACAUAUGGGUAAUGUUUCCUGCAGAAGUUCUCAAUUGUCUGGAAUGACUUUAUGUCCAAACAACACAUCAGGGUCUAUAAGGUCAUCACCAUUAAGAAUACCAAAUAAUGGGCUUUCUCAUAUGUCACCAGUUGGAUCAUCACAAAAUAGUAGAAUUCGCAUAUCAGAUACUUUUGGGCUGAGAACUACUCAGCAUCAUCGAUGCACACCACCAUCUUCACACUCAGUGACAAGACAUCCAAUCAGUCUUUCCAGUCUUCUACAAAGGCAACAUUUAGGGUCCACUAGUCUUACAGGACAGUCAAUAAAAAAAUAAAAA